AUGGACAGCGUAGUAUCCGCGAAGCAGACCGUCGUUCUGUACCCCGGCGGCGGCGCCGGGCACCUCGGGCCGAUGACGCAGCUCGCCAAGGUCUUCCUCCACCACGGCUACGACGUCACCAUGGUGCUCCUGGAGCCGCCCAUUAAGUCGAUCGCGCCCGGCGCCAGCUUCAUCGAGGGCCUCGCCGCCUCCAACCCGUCCAUCACCUUCCACCUCCUCCCGCCGAUCCCGCCCCCUGACUUCGCCAGCGCCACCAAGCACCCUUUCUUCCUCAUGCUGGAGCUGCUGGGCCAGUACAACGACAAGCUCGAGAGCUUCCUCCGCUCCAUCCCCCGGGAGCGCCUGCACUCCCUCGUCAUCGACAUGUUCUGCACCGACGCCAUCGACGUGGCCGCAAAGGUGGGCGUCCCCGUCUACACGUUCUUCGCGGCGAGCGCUGGAGCUCUGGCCGUCCUAACCCAGACGGCGGCGCUGCUUGCCGGUCGGCAAACGGGCCUGAAGGAGCUUGGAGACACGCCCAUCGAGUUCCUUGGCGUCCCGCCGAUGCCGGCGUCCCAUAUCCUCCGGGAGAUGCUCGAGGACCCGGAGGACGAGGUGUGCAAGACCAUGACGGAGAUCUGGAAGCGCGACACGGACACCCGGGGCGUCCUGAUCAACACCUUCUACUCACUGGAGGGCCGGGCCCUGCAGGCAUUCAGCGACCCGCUGUGCGUCCCCGGCAAAGGGUUGCCUCCUGUUUACUCCAUCGGGCCGUUGGUUGGCGAGGGCGGGACGCACAGAGAGGAAGCGGAGAGGCACGAGUGCCUCACCUGGCUCGACGCACAGCCGGAGCGCAGCGUCGUGUUCCUCUGCUGGGGGGGCAGCGGCUUGCUGUCCGAGGAGCAGCUUAAGGAGAUCGCCGCUGGCCUAGAGAAGUCCGAGCAACGGUUCCUGUGGGUGGUGCGCACGCCGGCCAGCGACCCGAAACGACUCUGGGAGCCACGCCCGGAGCCGGACCUUGACACCCUCCUGCCGGAGGGGUUCUUGGAGCGGACCAGGGACCGCGGCCUCGUCAUCAAGUCGUGGGCACCGCAGGUGGAUGUGCUCAACAACCCAGCUAUUGGCGCGUUUGUCACCCACUGCGGGUGGAACUCGACGCUUGAGGCCAUCGCAGCGGGGGUGCCGAUGCUGUGCUGGCCACUGUUCGCAGAGCAGACGAUCAACAAGGUACUUAUGACCGAGGCCAUGGGCAUCGGGCUGGAGCUGGAGGGGUACAACACAGGUUUCAUCAAGGCUGAGGAGAUAGAGAAGAAGGUGAGGCUUGUGUUGGAGUCCGAGGAGGGGAGGGAGAUUAGGACGCGAGCAGCAGAGCUGAAGAAAGAGGCACACGCGGCGUUGGAGGACGGGGGAUCGUCACAGGCGGCAUUUCUCCAAUUCUUGUCAGAUGUUAAGAAUAUUAAUGAGUAG